GAGAGAGAAAGGCCCGAAGGAGUAGACUAGAUUCUCGCUUAAUUUGCACCAAAAUUCAGACACAAAACCAUAAGGGAAGCAGAGACAAAAAGGCUUCAAGAGAAAACGAAUGGAAACUCCCGAACCUUCCAAUUCCCGCAAGUAUGGCGUUCCUUUUUAUGCUGCCGCUUGGUUCCCUUCAACUUCUCUCAAAUCCGAACACCAACCUUCACAAUCUGAAGAUCCUCCUCAUCAAUCCGCUGAUGCUGACAUUUCCGCCGCCGACAACAAAUCAGUUCCAUCUCAUCUCGCCAGUUACUACGUAGCUGCCGCUGGCGGUGGCGGAGAAGGUCGGAGUGGGAUUUCCAAUGCCCUCAUACUCGCUCAUUUCGAUUUUGAUUCCCGCUCGCUCUCUGAUCACCCUGUUGCAAAAUAUGGAACUGGUUCUGAUUUACCUUACAGAAUGGCUAUUCAUCCAGCUGGAGAUGGAAUUAUCUGUUCUCUGCCAAAAAAUUGCUGCCUGUUUAAAGUGGAUACUGAGAAGGAUGCUGGAGAUGGGAAACUUGGACUAAAACUCUCUCAGGAGGUGCUCAGCCCCUUGGAAGAUGUUGGACAGCAGUUAUCAUUGGCAUUUAACAAAGAGGGCUCUUUGCUUGCCACUGGUGGUGAGGAUGGCAAUUUAAGGGUCUUAAAGUGGCCUAGCUUGGACAUUGUUCUCAAUGAGCCCAGUUCCCAUUCUACGGUCAAGGACUUGGAUUUCAGUCCUGAUGGCAAAUAUCUUGUCUCCUUAGGUGGCCCUUGUAGAGUGUGGGAUAUAACUUCAUCAACUUUAGUAACCUCUCUUCCGAAAGAAAAUGAUGAGGUUUUUAUCUCAUGCAAAUUUUCUUUGACCAACAACGGGGAUAUGGUUUUGUACACUGCUGCAGUGACUGGCAAAGGUGGAAGCAUUGUAUCUUGGAAUGCAACCACUUGGAGGAGCGUAGCCUCAAAGCUCAUAACUCGUGAUAAUAUUACUGCAUUCAAUGUUUCGGCUAGUGGAAGACUUCUUGCCUGUGGUACAACUCAGGGAGAUGUUCUGAUCAUGAAUUCAACCAGCUUGCGAGUUCUAAAGAUAGUUAAAAAGGCACACCUUGGUUUUGUAACGGCAUUGAGCUUUUCCCCCGAUUCAAGAGCUUUGGUUUCUGCAUCAAUGGACUCCAGUGCUAGGGUGACUGUAAUUGAGGAGGAGCAGAAAAAAGGUCAUUGGUGCACCACACGUCUUACAUCUGUCUAAAAUUCUAAAAUAUCUACAGUAAAUUCAGUGGUAAUUGGUGAAGUUGACACUCUUGAAAGUAUAGGGAUAUUUUUGAAACAAACAACGAAGUUAAGGGUGAAGAUGUACCGAUACUCCACCAUCACUAAUAGUGAGCUUAGGUUUAAAACAGCAUGAUGCUUUGACUUUGAUAGAAAACAGCAUAAUAUUACUCUGGGAUUUUAACCGGAGAAUAUGUUGAUUGUUUUGUGUCAUGGUUGUUAAUGGUGGAAAAUGUGAUGUGCUUGAUGCAACCUGAUUAGAACAAUUCUUUUGACAUUCAUACUUGAAGGGACAUUAUUGUUAUCAUUAUUAUUAUCUUUUUAAAGAUCAAUGAUAUGCUGUUUAGGGACU